ACUAUCUUCCUGGCGAUCAGACCAACAUGCACACCUGCAAGAAAUGCGGAAAUAUGUACGUGUAUUACAGUUCAUUGACGAGACACAUGAGGGAAGAAUGCGGGAAAGCGCCGAAAUAUCAAUGUCUAUAUUGUCCAAAGAGAUCGAAGUUACAUUGCAACCUGUUAAAACAUAUGCGAACGAAGCACGGCUUUGAGCAGGUCUGAGAGCACUGAAAAUGGUCGUUGGGGGUGAUGGUGAUACAAUGGGACGACGACAAAGCGGGGACAAAACUGCAUUCUAAAUAUAUGAGAUUGAUAACAUUUUUUUAUGAUCAGUAAUUCUGCCAACCGUUAUACAAUUUAAAACACUGAGUUCAAUACCUGUCUGGCCUGCUCGAAGACAUACAAAUGGAAGAAGUCGCUACACAGGCAUGUACGCGAGAGCCCAGAAUGCUGGCCGAUUCUUCUCAAUUCUGGUAACGGUGAAUUUAUUCGGCAGAUCCAGUACAAGAUGUUGUAUAACACCAAGAAUUGAAUAGACUGACUGAGUUUACAAUCGCCAUCAACUUCUGAUGGCACAAAUAUAUUGUUGUAUUUGGAAUAUUUUUUAUAAAAAUAAAUCUUAUUUUAUUGUCGUACAAUUAUAUUGCUGUUGCACCUUAUUUUUCGUCUAUGGUAUAUAUGAGCGGAUAAGAUAAAUGCAUUGAAACGAUAUUUUUAUUAUUGUUUUAAUUUUUUCUCCGCAGGUUUUAUUAACAUAUCACGAAGAAAUAAUUUUUUAAUAAAAAUAUAUUAAGAAUUAUGUUCGUGGAUAUAGAGUAUAUUCAUGUUUAGAAUAUAUUCUACAUGUAUAAAAAGAAUGUUCUUAAUUUUUAUUAAUUGCUAAUUUAUAUUUAUUAUUUAAUUUUAAUGAUGUUAAUUCGAAAGUGUGCUACUUAUUAUAUGUUGUUUAAUUCUUCUAUUCUUUGCCCUAUUCUUCGUCUGAUAAAACGUUAUCAUUGCGAUACAAUAGUUUUAUAUUAAUCCAGGCAUAGCCUGGAUCCUAAUGAUUGACAAAUUAUAGUACGACGUAAUAGUUACAUGUAGAUCUCCUCUUCUACGAUCUACCUUAAAUUUUUGGAUUCAGCAGGAGUCAACCGUUGGAAACUCGACUAACUGAAGACUACUACACUUUACCCACGACCGUCAUUCGCAGAUUACCAGAACAAACACUAAAAUGCCAUCUGUGACUCUCUGUUUCAGAUCAAGCUGCCGGGUCCAUUAUUUUCAAGAAGCUCUUUCCUCGCAUGCACAGCGAAGCACGCAGUUACCAGGCUAAAAGCUGACUUGCCACAUGCAAUACGACUACAGCAGGAAUAAUCAGUUAAUAUUCCUGAUAUGUAAAGUGUGACUGUUAACGAAGAGAAACCUGCUCAAGCAUUAUGCUCUUUGUUUACGGGAUUUGAACGAGCUAGAGAGAAAGAGAGAGAGAGAGAGAAAGGGCGAGAGAGAGAGAGAUAUGUGAUAUUACUAGUUCUUCUUUUUCUAAUAUCCGUUUGUCAAGCGUUGACAGAUCGGGAUUCAGUUGCGUUUGCUUGGUCGAUGCAACCAAAUUAAAUAAAUAAUUAUAUUUUCAUCAAUUUGUCAUUUCACGUUUCGCCUUCAUGGAUACUCCAAAAUAAAAUAAAUAUGUACAUAGAGUUGCCGACAUAUAUUUUUCUUAUAAAUAUGCAUGUAUAUAUACGUGUAUGAACACACUAUAAACCGCAUUGUAUUGUAUAAAUCUUCGAGUAUAUAUAUCAAAAAAGCAAUCGUUUCUUCUUUCGAUCUGGACUUGGUGGUUUGACGCGAGAUCGUUCUACGUCGUCGCAUCUUGUUUUUGGGUAUCUUGUUUGGAGGGUUGGAAUCUGGUGUCUUCUCAUUCGAGGUGGAAAGGUUGGAACAUAAGAAGGGGCUAUACGUAAUUCACGAAAGUAUAUCCGAAAGAAAUCUAUUAUUAAUUUGAUAAAUAUCACGUCCGUCUCGUGAAUGGCUUGUAAAUUACAUAUACAUAUGUUUCCGUGUCGUAAAAGAACAGCCUUCAUAAAUUGAAUUGUAACUUUGUAGCCCCCUCUUAUCCAUCGUUCCCACCUCACGCAGUUUAUCUCACGCCUCUUCACACAGCCACGUAUCCUUGGCGAAAUUUGAUCCUGGGCGCACUUAUCUUCGGGCUAUUGGCUGAUACAUUGUGUGUUGGGUUGGUUACGGGUUUAAUCUCACUGAUUUCUGCCAAUCGCAUACAACAAACACAUCUCAUGAAGAAACAUCUUUACUUUCCCUCUUUCCAUUCCUGUCUUCUUCCUUUGUCCUUUCCAAUCCCUUUCGUGCGUUUUUGUCGUCGUCCAGUGAAAUUGUUAUUCAUGAUCACUAUUCAUUUUUACGGUUUUCGAGUUAGAUCAUGUUUACCUCGUGGCAAAGCUAUUUUACUAGGAGAAACUAACAGUUCAAAAUUAACUGUCGAAAAGAAGUGUUUUUGCCCAUGCCAUGCAAAUGUGCAUUUUUUCCAAGUCCAUUUAACAAAAGAAAUCUAAUAAUCUUGACGGGAUAGCGAAAUAACUUUGCUACAUCGUUACAAGCAUGAUCUCGAACGGAAAUACGAACGACGAUAAUAACGGCGAACUCAACACGCGGAAUCGGCGGAAGUCCACGGAAGCGUCGGGCGAAGCCACAUUUCUCCCGAUACCGCCGUGUGACCGUGUGCGAGACCUCAAGCGAGCGAGCGUGCCAGCAAGCUACCUGUAUCUUUUCACAAAAAUUUAAUAUCCUUACCACCUUCGCGCCCCCGCCGGCGCUGGGUGUCCCUGUUGCAGGCAUGGGCGCACUACUGUCCCUGCUACGUUCCGACCUAAAGCAGCAGCAGCAGCCGCCGCAACAGUCGUCGACGAAGAAGGGAUGCCGCGGUGCGUCCGCGCCGACGAUGAUGACGCGUGCCAACAUCGCCAUGGCGAACCGACGUGCCAGCAACAGCAACUUUCCCGGCGGCAACGACAACUACGACGACAGCAGUGGUGGCGGUGGCGACAACAGCAGCGGUCGUACCGCGCGGUCCGCCCGCGAGGUCGUAUUCCCUGAUUCGUUCGAGGUGCUGCCGCAGCCGCACGAUCUCAGCGUCGUCCUUAUGUCCGGCGUGUCGCACGAGCAGCAGCGGAAGUUCCGCUGCCGUUUCUGCGGCAAGGGCUACCGCUGGAAGAGCACGAUGCGCCGCCACGAGAUGGUCGAGUGCGGCGGCAAACCGCCGGCCUUCCAGUGCCCGGAGUGCCCGUACAAAGCGCGGCAGCGCGGAAAUCUGACCGUGCACUUUAAACGGCAUCAUCAAAAGAUGGGUUACGACGAGGGCUCCUCGGCUUAAGAGCCCUUGUCGCUGGGGAGGGGGAGGGGAGUAAGAGGGAAGGAUUUCCUGAGCGUUGAACAAAUGUGCGAGGUCUAAGCUUCGGGGGAUCUUGAGAACUUCUUCGAACUUUUCUCUUUGACUCUCUUUGAGUUGAUUCUAAUUCCGAUAUGAUAGAUGAUAUUGCGAUUUAAAGAUUAUCAACUGAAUGGGUUGCAAAAUUAAACUUCUGACUGUAAUUAAUUCUGAGGUUAAUUCUGUAUUUAAUUUACAUAUUUAUUUUGCCUUUUGAUUUUGAGAAAGGACAUGAUACUGGAACGUUUUUAAUUACUCUGUGUAAUGAAAUGAAUAUCGCAUUCGGCACAUUCCAGUCACUUUUUUGUGACUUAUUUUGAAGUAAUAUAUAGUUUAAUUAAUGAUUUUUAAUGUUUCCUUUCUUUUUAUUUUUAUUUUAAUAUCCAACGAUUGGACUCUUAAUCGUGUGAUAUCAGCCACGCGUUUAAAUGGUUAAAGUUUAAAAGCUUACAUUACAUAUUAACUCCAAUUCAAUGUAAAAAUGUUCACUUUUUUUCUUUUACAGAAUAUUAUAAAAUACUGGGUUGUAUUAUAGAUCUGCUAAUAUUUAAAGAUAGUAUAAAAUGAGAGAUUGAGACAUACAUGUGUUUUCUAAUAUUUGCACAAAUAGGUACAAAUCAAUUAAUAAGCCUCGUGGAAAAACUGAAAAAUUUUGCAAAACUCAAAGAAAUGUAUUUUUUGAAAUAUUAAUUUUUUUUUAAUAUUACACGUUUUUAAAAUCACACCUCAAAUUAUCAGAAGGCUUAACGGUUUUUUAUUUAUAUACCUCGCAUUCGUCUUUUACGUGGAUUCGAAAUUUACUUACAUUUUAUGUUUAUAAAUACCCGUAAUCUCAUUAUUAUUUAAUGCUGCGGUAAAAUGACCGUCCAAUUUUGAAUCUUAACUUUUGUAAACUUUUUUAUAAGAUAAGAAAUGGACAGUUGUACUCAGAGAUAUGCGUUGCGAGAUUACGGGCCAAAGCGGUUCAAUUUAUUUGUAAGAUAUUGGGUUACUUAAGGAACUUAGAAGAGCAUUAUUGGUUUAAUUUUACUUGUUGGGGAUUGGUGGUAAAUUGUAGUUAAUAGCUCGCGUAACUCUGCUGCUUUAAUUUGUAAGUUCACGUGAUCACACUUUUAUUGUGCACGACGUAAAUAAUUUGUCAUCUAGAAUCUAUCGCUACGUCUAUAGUAUUGUCGCAGUUGAUUUGUAUAAGACUUACAGUGCGAGGGAAAAAAGUAUUAAUAUUCUCACCUAUUUACUAAGAUUCGUGCGAAGAUGUAGUAUACACUAUGUAUCAUAUAUGUUUUCUUAAGAAUAAUUGUACCUGCUUGUAAAAAAAUUAUUCUUAAAUUUUUAAAAAGUUAUAUAAUAGAACUAAAAAUAGAAAAAACUAAAUCAGCUCUUAGUUUUUUCUUAAAGAAUAAUAGAUUUAUUUGUUUUUUUUUUGUAUUAUAAAAUUUUAUAUAUAUAAUUAUAUGUACACUAUUUAUUCUUAAGAAAACUUAUUAUAUUAUACAGACUGCAUAUUUCUUUGCGCUAAUCUUAAAAAUUAAGUAAGGAUAUCAGGUUUAUAUAUUAUCAUUUUGCACGGUAUGACUAAUGCCACCAAAGAAAUCGCACGAUUAAGGCAUUCCGAGAUAUGUUUCUCAAAGACCGCGAGUACAUUCCAAUAAUAUUAGCGAAUUUACAUAUAGCUCAAAUUCAGACUUUAGUCUUAAUUUUUUAAAAUUUACCUUUUUAUUUUUUCUUUUACAUACACAAGAAAGUACAAAGAAUAUUUUUAUAAAUCGGAAGCUUUUUUAAAUAUGAAUUUCAACAGUCUUUCGCUAUUUUAUUUAACGCAUUCCACAUAAAAUGUAUGGAAUACGAUGAAACUUGAAAAAAUAAAAUCAUAAAAAAUCAUGUAAUAUUAAAGGUAUACUCUCUAAAUUGGAUUCAAUGUAUUAUCAAUGAUUAACAGUGAUACUUAUAACUGUAAUAAUGUCCUGUCUUUUAGUGACUUUCACUUUAGAAGUAGUGUAUAAUCACUGAAAGAUCAGUGUAUUUAUUUCAUCGAUUGACAAGUUAUAAGUAUAUUACUGAAAAUCGGUGCAUCUUCACCGAUUUCAUUGAUUUUUCACUGAUUGUAAUUUAGAGAGUACAUAUAACCAAAAACGAUCCGAUAAUCUCGGUGAAGCUUAGAUCUUUAAGAUUACCGAUCAAAUAUAACGCGUCUUGUUAGUACUUUUGCAUACUACGGGACAUGCAGCUCAUAUUACCGCCUAAAUGAUAACUUUAGGAUUUUACUCGAUAAUGUCUCUUUCGUGUUAAGCACCGAAAAAAAAUUUAAGACUUUUGCCUUGUUUCUCAUCUGUCGCACAUUCUUAAUUUUAUGGUUAAUGUUAUACAUACUUUUUUGUUUUUAAAGAUAAAUAGAGACUUUCUGAAGUGCCUUCGACGAGAAAUCGACAAAUAGAGAUGCAAACCAAACUCGCGCAUUCGUUUACUGCAUGGUGGUGUUUGCGAAACUAUCUUCAGAACAUCGGUUACCUGAGAGGAUUUAGGCGCUUAUGAUGGACAAUAACUAUCUGUAAUUUCCAGACAAUUCGUCCAUGACCGCGAAUACCUGGACGUGGGAUUCAAUUUUUCGCACAUGUAUCUUACAUAGCAGAGGAACUACUGUUAAUUCGUUGACCAUAUUGUUAACAUUUUUAGUAGGAUGGCGUGUUGGCGAUAGAUUAGAAAGAUAGAUUCAAUAUUCUACCAAAACAUCUUUACAUAAUAUAUUUGUAUAAUUUAAAGGAGUAAUAAUUCAGUAAACGCGACAGAAAGAUUUUUACGUUACGUAUCCGAUAAAGUACAAAGAUUCGCAUCUCGCAAUCGCUUCGCGCGUGUCCAGGCUAAGCAGACAAGCGCGAAUGAACACUGAACGAACAGCUUCGACGAAUGCGCGAAAAAUUGGGAAUGUUCGCGAUGUCGAAGCGAUUUGUUUAGUCGCGUUUGUUCGCCUUCCAACUGUGGACAGCGUAAAGAAAGGAUUAGUAAUCAGCUAAUCACAAUCGACUUCGAUAUCGGACAAUAUGAUCGACGCAUUUCAAUAAUGUUAGAGAUCACUCUUGUACUGUUUAUGCGAAUUUACAGGCGCAGCUUGCAAAGAGCUCGAUCGCGCGAACGGGUUGGUUUUUUUGCGAUCCUAAGGAUUGUUGUCCGUGUGCCUCUUAUUUAAUAUACAUUCUCUAUACUCGACAAUGAUUUCCAAUGUUUACGUAUCACUUGCACUACUUUCCUUAGUAUUUUUACUUAUUUAACGUAAUAUUUAAUUCACACAACUUUCCAGUCCGGGAUCGACGGGAUCAACCUGCCAGUCGCGCCACGCGGGAUCAUACUCAUAGAUUUAUACAUAUAAAUGUCUCUUCCAUUUUUAUACACGUUUAUACACUUAUAAAUAUAUAGAAAUAUGUAUAUAGGAUGUUCACUAUUGCGAUUUCUUUCAUCUGCGAGUUCUUCGACGUGCUUCAAAAUCAAAGUUUCUCGUCUCGAAAUAUUUGUUAAUUUUUUUAUCGAGCCACUUCGAGAACUAAAGUCUAUUGUUUCCUACGUGAUUCAGUUUUUAGAUCCGGCAAAUAAAAUCUAAUGCUUCCUUCAGGUGAUUUACCUUUUAAUUUAAUAAUAUCGAGACACAAUUCGGAACACGAAUGUUCACCGGGGACGAAAAUUGUCCAAAGCAAAUCUUCAUCAAGUGAGGAUUUCUUCCGGAUUAAUCCCGGGACAAUCCGCAGAUGUCGAGAGAAAUGGCAAUAAUUUUCGGGUACAUGUAAACAGAUACUUUGAGAGAAAGAGAGAUGCUAAGAAAGAGAACGAAAGUAACGUCGAGAGUCGACGCGCGUCCGGCCACGGGUUGCACGUCAGUAUUUUUGAUAUCAGUAUUUGCGAACUCGCUCGCGUCCUUACCUGCCUGCCUGCGAGAUGAUGCGGGGUAUACUCGUUGUACAUCUCUACCCAUAGCUCUUAACCAUGAUCUUCAUCAUGGAUUUGCCGAUCCGAUUUCGGCGGAGUUUUGUCCGUCACCGCGGAGUCGAUCGGCCGAGAUCGACCUCGUUAUUUCCGAGACUCUUGUUACCGAAUCUUUAUCGCUUAAUAUUUAAGUACACGUUUUAUACGUUUUCUCGCCAACUUUUCCGUCUCUCUUUUAAGGUUUUUAAGUGUAUCGGGCAGAAAGGGGGCGAUUUAAACCAAUAUCGCAAUGCCUUCCCCCUUCGUUGCACCUCGGUAUUUCUAAUAUUUAAUUCCAUAUUUUUAGUUUUAUUUUCUCUUUUUCUCUUCUCUUUUUAUUUGGAAGGUUUAUUAAGCGGAAGAAUGUCUAUUAUAAUGGUAUCUUUUAUAUUAAUUAUUAUAACUAUUAUUAUUAUUAAUAUUAUUAAUAAAAAAAUAUUCUUUAUUCCGGGUUAUUUUUUAAAAUCAAGUUGUUUAUUUCUUUCACCCGAGCCAUACCUCUCAUUCUUUAUACAUUUUAUAUAUUACUUGUUAGCAAGAUCUUUGAUAUUGUAACUUUAUUAUACGAUUUGAAACAAAGUUUUUCAAUUACGUUAGAAAUCAAAAUGUUAAAAACUUUUCCGAUUUUGUUGUUAAAGCGUAUGAAAAUUUUAUAGAAUUUAUAAAAAUUAAAAUUAACUGUUAAAAAUAAGUUUCUAAUAAAAAGAUUCUUUAUGCAAAUCUUAUUAUUCGUUCUAUCUUAUAUUGCUAAAUAAAAUAUUUUCUUACAAGUACCAUCAAAAUAUUUCACAUUACUCAAUAUUAAAAGAUAUAGGAAACACUUUGUCGUCACAAAAUGUUAAGCACCAAGUAAACUUUGUCUCCAAGUAAACGUUGUCUCUGCGUAUGACUACCUUUUUCAAGUGGCAAUCAGCGUUUUAAUCGACAUCGAUCUAACCAAUGAAUAUUUAUGCUUUCAGCAAUCCAGCACUGCACCGCCGUCCAGAUGUAUCCGUGCGACACCUGCGACAGGCAGUACCGAAGGAUCAUCUCCUUGCAGCGUCACAAGAAAUUCGAGUGUGGCAAGGAGGCGCAAUUCGGAUGUAUGAUAUGCCAUGCCAAGUUCAAGCACAAACACAGUCUACUGAGGCAUUACAACGUUCACGUGUUUGACAUCUCGUUCACAGAGAACCAGGAGAACUCCGCUUGACAAAAACGAUGGAGGCUUGCAAAAAAGCAGUCGCGGCGAGAUGGCAGAAAUCUUAGUAUCGCUAAACAGUAUCGAAUUCAAAACAUAGCAGAGAUAUAAAAUUAACACGUUAAUUAUUACAUGUAAAUAAUUCGAGAUAUAAACAAUCAAUAUAAUAACUUUUAAAUUUCAUUUUUCUAGAAAAUUAGAAAAUGUUAUGCUAAAUAAUAGUUAUAAAUUAUCUCUGGAUGCGCCAUUUCAAAGUAGUUACUCGGAUCUCUUGAAUUUUCUCUUUUUAUUUCUGUAUUGAUAAUAUUUACAGUCUCUUUUAAAUUUAGAAUAUAAAUCUAGAAUAUAAGUGUAUUAACUUAGAAAUAUUAAUUUUAAUGCUUCUUUCCUUAUAUAAAUAAUGAGAUAGUGAUACAAAUUAUUACAGUGAAUACCAAAUAAUAGUACAUAAAAUGGUUCCUAGAAAAGUUAAUACUUGCUUUGUUAAUUGUAAAAUAAUGUUAAUUAAUUGUAUUUAUUGGCGAUAUUUUGAAUGCCAAAUAAAUCGAGAAUUGGAAUUCUAUUCUGUUUUUCUGCACUUAUGGAAUUUUGUAGUAGACCAGUCU